UGGCGGGACGCACGAAGCAGGAUGGGCUGCAGGCACAGCCGGCAAAGCCGCACCAAGCGCGCGGAGAAGGUGGAAGAGACACAGACAGAACUCCUGGAGACACUGGACAAAGACGGAAGGAUCCUGGAAGUAAGGCCUGAGGAGGCUAGGCAAGUCCCGCAGACAUCGAAUGCACAGGAGAAAGAUGCUCUUAGUGACUGUGUCCAAGAGGCCAAAGCCUCGUUGCAGGAGGCCACGAAAGCCAAGAUGAACAAGGUGGAUGGGUCCAUCCUUAGCCGACUCUAUAAAAACCACAUCCAGGAUUAUGGGAGCCCUGGCCCAUUCUGGGAGCAAGAGCUGGAGAGUUUGCACCAUGUUAUUGAGAUGAAGAAUGAGCGGAUUCAUGAGCUUGAGAAGCAGCUCCUGCUCCUGGAGAUGCUGAAAGAAAAAAAUCUGAUCUUAGCACUGAAAAACACCACCCUGCGGCAGGAGGUUGAGGACCUACAAUUCCAAACUGGGAACAAGUUGGCCAUGUCAAGGCAGCUCCGGAAAGACCUACUUCAGGACCUCGAAAAGGAGACACAGAACGGCCACUGCUGCAGCAGACGAAGGAGUCACUGAACCACCUGAGUCCUUAAGGCCAGCACCUCCUCCAUCUUAACUUGUCCUUUGCUGCACCUCAAAGGCCUCUGCCCUCAGUGUAAAAGGCGCAGAGCCUGGGCCCUCCGUGGUUCCCAGACUCACCACUCCCUCCAAAGACUGUGGAGAAGAGAACGAGAGCCACUCAUUCUUCUCCCAGGAUGGACGAGGUGGGGGGGGGGGGGCUUCUCUAAAGCUGACGGGGAAGACUGGGCCACCAGGACCACCCCGAGAAGUGCCUUUCCUUAGUUGGGGCAGGGAACAAGCAGGUAGUUAUCUUCCUCCCUUUGCUCCGUCCUCAUGAGGACAGUCAAGAUUUCUCCCAUGGCAGCCGGAGCCAUUUGCACCGUGUGACAAAGAGGGGACAACCCAAUCCCAGAUCAUCAGUUUUGCUGACAAUUCGCCAACCCAUCGAACUCUUAAUUCCACGCCCGUGACUCUGACUCAGAGAAAAACUAUAAAAGUCAAAAUCCAAGAAAAAGGAACACACUGUUGUUUUUACUGAGUGGGGUCUCCACAUGUAGCCUAACCUUGGACUCAAAGUCACCCUGCCUCAGCCUCCUGAGUGCCGGCAACAUGGGCGUGUGCUACCACAUCCAGCCGGAUAAAGGGUUG